AGCGGGGCUUAUCCAAAUGAGUAUUACAAGUUUACCACUGCACACAGCACACUGACCAUGGCGCUCAUUCCCUCUUCUUCAUGCGCCUUUCCCAAGAUCCACACUGCUUUCUGCUUUAGCAACCUUCCCAGUUAUCAAGGCAGACUGCGCAUCUUCUGUAGCAAGAGAACCGGCAAACAGCGGUACCCUUCCGAGAAGAAGCAGCUCAGAACCAAGCACAAACACCUCCUUUCCGGUUCCAAGGUCACCAACAAGUUCGAGGGCACAUGGAGGCUAUUCAAGCUCCUCGUUCCACUCGAUCAAGACCCUGGCAAGGACUUUUUAGACAUUUCCGAUGCCCUUCUCCAACAAAUUGCUAAGGUUCUCAAGUUCCCGGUUGCUUCGUUGUUGCCACGAGAAGCUUUCUCGGUUGUUAGGAAGUCCUUUGAUGCUCGCAAGAGAGUCAAGGAGCCCAAAUUUGUGCAUACUGUUGAUGUGGAUGUUGAAAGACUCAUCAGCCUGCAACCUCGAACUCGCGACUUCAUCUCUCGGUUGGAGCCCAAGGUCGGCCUCGUGGAACACAUGCAAGACAGAAAAGAUUGUGGUGAUUUGAUAAGUAUCGUACGUGACUAUAAAGAGACUGCAGUGAAAGGGGAAAAUGGACAUAGCAUUUUAUCAGGGGAGUUGCACCAGACCAAAGUUUCUAGAAAGCCUAAAAUUGUCGUAGUGGGUGGUGGGCCUUCUGGCCUAUUUGCUACUCUUGUUCUUGCAGAGCUUGGUGCAGAUGUUACUCUAAUAGAAAGAGGGCAACCAGUAGAAAAAAGAGGGCGUGAUAUUGGUGCUCUUGUAGUUCGUCGAAUUCUAGAGUUGGAAAGUAACUUUUGCUUCGGAGAGGGUGGUGCAGGUACUUGGAGUGAUGGAAAAUUGGUAACUAGAAUAGGACGUAACACUGGCAGUGUUCUUGCGAUUAUGAGAACUCUAGUGCAUUUUGGAGCUCCAGAACAGAUAUUGAUCGAUGGAAAGCCUCAUUUGGGAACAGAUAGGCUGGUUCCAUUACUUCGCAACUUUAGGAGACAUCUGCAAGAUUUGGGUGUCACCAUCAAGUUUGGGACAAGGGUAGAUGAUAUAGUUAUAAAAGACGGACAUGCUCAGGGGGUUACAGUGUCAGAAUCAGCUGAUAAAUUACGGUUAAGAAGCCAGCAGAUGGAAUAUGAUGCAGUUGUUCUGGCUGUUGGUCAUUCUGCUCGUGAUAUAUAUCAAAUGCUUCUUUCCCAUAACGUGGAAUUGAUACCAAAAGAUUUUGCUGUUGGGCUACGGAUUGAGCAUCCUCAAGAACUAAUAAAUAGCAUUCAGUAUUCCGAAUUGGCAUCUGAGGUUGCUCGUGGACGUGGUAAAGUUCCUGUGGCUGAUUACAAAGUUGCCAACUAUAUUGACAAAGAGGAUUUACGUGAAUCAUAUGAUCCAAUGGUAGCAAAUCGUAGUUGCUACUCUUUCUGCAUGUGUCCCGGUGGGCAGGUUGUUCUCACCAGCACAGAUCCAUCAGAAAUGUGCAUCAAUGGCAUGUCAUUCUCUCGGCGGGCAUCUAGGUGGGCAAAUGCUGCACUUGUGGUGACAGUCACAAUGAAGGAUUUUGAAGCUUUGAAUUACUAUGGUCCUCUUGCAGGGGUUGAAUUUCAGAGAGAGUUUGAACGCAAAGCUGCUAUGAUGGGCGGAGGAAAUUUUAUAGUGCCUGUGCAGACAGCUACAGACUUUCUCAACAAGUUGUCAGAAUUACUUUUGUGCCAGGAUCUUCUCUACCCCCAUCAAGUUAUCGUUUGGGUGUGAAGGCAGCAAAUCUUCAUCAGCUAUUUCCGGAUCAUAUAACUGAAGCUUUGCAAAAUUCACUAGCGAAAUUUGACAAGGAGUUACCAGGAUUUAUCUGCAAGGAGGCUCUACUUCAUGGUGUAGAGACUAGGACCAGUUCUCCGAUUCAGAUUCCUCGUGAUAUUCUCUCUUAUGAAAGCACUUCGGUAAAAGGACUGUAUCCGGUCGGUGAAGGAGCAGGUUAUGCCGGUGGAAUUGUUAGUGCAGCAGUUGAUGGAAUGCAUGCUGGUUUCGCUGUAGCAAAACAAUUAAGCUUAUUUCACGGUGAUCUCGAGUCUGUUCUUGGAAAGGCUCAGAGUUUUGGGUUUGUCAAGUACUAGAAUAGAUCCAAUUUUUUGAGGAUUUAACUAUUCUUCAUGGCAGCGACACUGUCUUGAAAUGCGUAUUCUGUUUCUUGUUGGUUGUGCUUGCUUGCUGUGGAUGGUGAAGUAGAAGAGGGAUGGUAACUUUCAGUGUUCAUUGCAAAUUUGCACUUGCAGUUUUCUCCACAGUGAUCAUGAGUUGGGCACCAUACAUGUUCAAAUGGUGCUUUGAGGUUGGAGCUUUUAACAAGGAACUGCAUUUUGGUGAUCACAAGCUUCACAAAACAUUUAUGUAGCUAGAAACAUAGAAUGUGUAAAUGAUAUUCAGAGAUGGUGCUGACUCUACUUGUCUGCCGCCACGGCCAUUGGAAGUCGCAGAGCUUUCACUGCUUACCUUCGCUGUAGAAUGAGGAAGAAAAGGAUACAGUGAUGGUAGUAAAAGUGAUUGAAAGUUGUAUUUUGGUUUUUUAUUUUUUAUGUCCUUACGGAACCAAAAGAAAGCAGGGAGUUGAUGGAGCUUUUAAAAUAAGAACAUUGAAUGUCCUGUGAUGUCUUAACCAUUGAAGAUGAUAACUUAUGGUUCGGUCAAAACCUCUUUUUAAAUAAAAAAUAAACGAUGAAAGAUUGGCUACA